UCUCACAAUAAUUGAUUUUAUAACUCGCGACUCGCCGCACGACAAGUCACCAUCAAACGCACCUCUCAUCUAUUUUUUUUCUCUCACCUAUCAACUGCACCCGCCCGAAUAAAAGCAAACAGCAAACAUCAUGAGAAACAUCCUAAUCGUAGGCGCCACGCGAGGCCUGGGGCACUCUCUGGCGAUCCAGUACGCCAAAAAGGGCAUGACUGUCUAUGCCACUGCCAGAUAUUCUAUUCCUCAAACACCAUCGCACGGCAUCCACUGGAUCGCCAACGUCGACGUUUCGCACGAAGGAGCCGGCCGUCGAAUCGCCGCGCAUUGGGAAGAAGAAACCAAAAUUGAUCUCCUUGUCAUCUGCGCCACGUACUUCGCGAGCGAGACUUUCGACGGCCUGCAUUAUGACAAGGAAGUCGCCAUGUACAAGACCGUUGCAAUUGGACCGGUUUUCUUGGUCCAACAUCUUGUGCACGCAGAAAUAUUAAAAAAGAAUAGUAGAGUUGUUUUGGUGGGAUCGGAGAAUGGGAGUAUUGCUUUGCGACACGAGAGUGGCGGGGGAGGCAAUUAUGGGGGGCAUGGUAGCAAAGCUGCACUUAACAUGGUCGGGAAGCUGUUAAGUAUUGAUUUGAAGCCGAAAGACAUCCCGGUUGCUAUUGUGCACACUGGGUAUCUCCGGAAAGAAAAUAAGGAGGGCUUCUUCGAGCACAGCGGAGACAAGCACGCUGUCAAACCCGACGAAGCAGCGACCGCACUCCGCGACUGGCUCGAAACCUUCGACAUGUCCAAGACCGGCGAAUUCUGGGCUGUCCGUGGAGCCGCAGACAUUAAGACUGCCGAAGCUGUACUCGGUCCUCUAGACUCGCUUCCAACGCCACUUCAGCUUCCAUGGUAAAUGCAUUUUUUUCCCACCUUGCAUGGGCGACUCAGGCGCAGUAUGCCUUUGGCGAUUCUAGGAGUUUAGGUUUCAAUAGGUUUAGUACGAUGUUCUGAGGUUGGGGUCUUCGACAUCCUAAUAACGACCUGUGGAUGGAAAUUGAAUUCCUUUAUGUGAUAUGGCGGGGGG